AAAAAAAGUAGCGGGCGGCGACGCUUUUCCUCCCUUCAAUUCAACGCCGUGCAUUCCUCCCCAUUCAAUAUUUAUACAAAAAACACAAACCCCAAUUCUACUAAAAAAGGUUCCAAGGUUGAAGGCCUAAACCGUAUGCUCAAGGCAGCAGAAGCCCAACCCAAUUAUCAGGAGAAGAAGAGCGUAUGUAUUAUGGCAGAACCGGAUCAGCACAGACCCCUUGCCCCGGCAACAGCUGGGCGCAGCAGCAGUGAUGAAGAGGGUGCCGCCUCUCGAUCGCAAUCCCCUGCGAAACGCAAGCGUCGUGGCCUCUAUUGUUGCGGCGCGUGCACCCUCAUCCUUCUGAUGCUUGUGGCGGUUGGGUUGGCCCUUGCAUUCACAGUCUUCAAAGUGAAGGAACCCAAGAUAAACAUGGAAUCCAUUGCCAUCACCAAUCUCAACACCAACACCAACACCAACCUCCUGUUAACUGGACAGGUUGCCCUGAACAUGACCGUGAGGGUCGGCAUAUCUGUAAAAAACCCAAACGCCGCAUCGUUCAAGUUUCAGAACAGCACGACUUUGGUAUCGUACAGGAACGUGACGAUGGGUGAGGCCUUUCUCCCUGCGGGCAAGGCACCCGCAGGACGGACAUUCAGGGCAAACGUGACCAUGGUGGUGUUGGCGGAUCGGCUCCUUGGCGAUCAGAAUCUGGUGCGCGAUUUGCUUAGUGGUGUUUUGAAGGUGAGCAGUUACACUCUUGUGAAGGGAAGGGUCAAUGUCUGGAACAUCGUAAAGCGUCACGCCGAUGUUGAGAUGAGCUGCGACAUUGACAUCUCGAUCUCAGACAUGGCGGUUCGGGAUCAGAACUGUAAGCACAGUGUGAAGCUCUGACCUGCCUCUGCACACCGUAUAUUUUUGGAUAUUAGGAUAUUGUAACACUAUGUCCCAAGUUUAAAUCCCACUGAACAAUCCAAAAAUUUAUACUUGGGAUUAUUUUUUUUUAAAAGUUAAUUUCGGACUCUAGUUUUCAAUCUUGGCUUAUUUUUAAGUGAUUGUAGCAGCUGAGGUAGCAUUGUUUGAUAUGUAGACAGAAAUAUGUAUUUGUAAUUUUGGUUGGUUUAAAAUUUUGAGGGACUGUAGCUGCU